AAACUCCCAAGAGGUGCACCGCGCCACAGGCCCUUGGGUCCGCUCACCCGCGACAUGGCGGUGCUCGGCGUGCAGCUGGUGGUGACCCUGCUCACUGCCACCCUAAUGCACCGGCUGGCUCCACACUGCUCCUUCGCACGCUGGCUGCUCUGCAAUGGCAGUCUCUUCCGGUACAAGCACCCAUCCGAGGAGGAGCUCAGGGCCCUGGCAGGCAAGCAGAAGCCCAGAGGCAGGAGGGAGCGGUGGGCCAAUGGCUUCAGUGAGGAGAGGCCUUUGUCGGUGCCCCGAGAUGCCCCUUUCCAGCUGGAGACCUGCCCCCUCACAGCUGUGGAUGCCCUUGUCCUGCGCUUCUUCUUGGAGUACCAGUGGUUCCUGGACUUCGCCGUGUACUCGGGUGGCGUGUACCUCUUCACGGAGGCCUACUACUCUGUGCUGGGCCCGGCCAAGGAGGCCAAUAUUGCCGUGUUCUGGUGUCUGCUCACCGUCGCCUUCUCCAUCAAGGUGUUCCUGAUGGUGACCCGGCUGUACUUCAGCGCCGAAGAGGGGGGUGAGCGCUCCGUGUGUCUCACCUUCGCCUUCCUCUUCCUACUGCUGGCUAUGCUGGUGCAGGUGGUGCGGGAAGACACCCUCGAGCUGGGCCUUGAGCCAGGCAUGGCCAGCAUGACCCAGAACUUGGAGCCGCUCCUGAAGUCGCAGGGCUGGGACUGGGCGCUCCCUCUGGUCAAGCUGGCCAUUCGCAUAGGUCUGGCGUUCAUGGGCUCCAUACUGGGCGCCUUCCUCACCUUCCCAGGCCUGCGGCUGGCUCAGACCCACCGGGAUGCCCUGACCAUGUCAGAAGACCGGCCCCUGCUGCAGCUGCUCCUGCACAUGAGCUUCCUGUCCCCCCUGUUCAUCCUGUGGCUCUGGACCAAACCCAUUGCACGGGACCUCCUGCACCAGAUGCCCAUUAGGGGGGCACCUGUCUCCCUGCUGUCUGACUCUGCCUUCGAUUCGAUUCGCCUCUGGGUGCUAGUGGCAUUGUGUCUACUGCGAUUGGCAGUGACCAGGCCACACUUGCAGGCCUACCUGUGCCUGGCCAAGUCCCGGGUGGAGCAGCUGCGGCGUGAGGCUGGCCGUAUCGAAGCCAGGGAGAUCCAGCGGAGGGUGGUGCGGGUCUACUGCUACGUGACGGUGGUGAGCCUGCAGUACCUGACGCCCCUCAUCCUCACGCUCAACUGCACGCUGCUGCUCAAGACUCUAGGCGGCUACUCUUGGGGUCUAGGCUCAGUAUCCUUAACGUCCCCCACUCCAUCCUCAGCAAGCGAUGUUCCAGUGGGUCCUGGGGAAGACGAGGCCCAGCAGAUAGCCGCCCGUAUCGCCGGCGCCCUCUGCAGCUUGCUCACACCUGUCUUCCUGCGUGGUGUCUUUGCCUUCCUGGUCUGGUGGACUGCCGCCUGCCAGCUGCUCUGCAGCCUCUUUGGCCUGUACUUCCACCAGCACCUGGCUGGCUCCUAGCUGCUUGCUUUCCUGGCCCCUCCCCGUGUGCCUCCGUGUCCCCAUUGCAGGGGACUCUGGGCUUGUCCAGCGAGCUGUUCCUUUCACCACAGUGCCUGAGCCAUGGCCCCUUGGAAUUUGAGAAUCUGCUUUGAAACUACUCUCCUGGGCCCUGGACACAGUAGCAGGGAUUCUUAGGGUGCUGUGCCCAGUUUGUGGGGGUGGGGGUACUUCUCUGAACAAAUAAAAAGGAACAGGUUGCUUUUUUAUACACUGGGUUGGACUGUUUUGCAUGGUGGUUCCUGUAGGUCCCUGUGGCUCAGGCCACUGGGGACAAAAUGGGAACUUGGGGGACAGGCUUCGCUGUGGAGGUCAGCAAAGUCCUGGGAAUCAGAAGUGGAGCAGGAGGAAUGGGGAUAGAAGAAAUGCAGCAAUGUGAAAGGAAAAGAUGAAA